GUAAGUUUCCUUGAAACUUUAGAACACACACCUCAACCACGAAAAUAGCUGGACAAUGACUGACUGACCUCAAAACGGACAGAGUGAUACCGAAUACCAACAUGCUUUGGAAGUAUGUUUUGUCCUAAACUUCCUGCUUGCUUAUAAGCCUGCGAUUGCUAACCUCAAUCCAAAGGUAAUAUUCGACCCUCAGAAUUCGCACCGGCGCAAGAGCUCAAUUGUUACGACGGAGAACCCCGCAAGCAUAAUUCUGAGGCGGCAGAAUACAGAAUGCUUUGUGCACACGCUGCUCGAGAGCCAGAGGAAGCAUGGUGGCUACAGUGGAGCUCUGGAUGGAAUCGCGGAGACACUGGAGACUAAACGGAUAGAUAGUGGUUCUGGCACUGCUGACGACAAUAGUCUUGUCGACCCAAAGCACGGACACAAUUUCGAGGAUGAAAGUGAUAUUGGGCAAGAGGACGAAAAGGCCUGGAAGAAAAGAAUUGAAGCAAGACAAAUACAUGGCGAUAACAUGGUUGUAUCAACGGACGAUGACUCGAACGCGCUGCAUAGCCGACUCCUCACAAAGAAGCAGCUAUCUGACAUGGCAUGGGGAGUGAGAGAACUAAGCAAGCGCCUAGGAAGCAUCAGACUGAAGCUCAAAGUCCGCACCGUUUUCCUCCUCACAAAGGUUCACGACGAAACUCUUAUUGUAAACACAAGAGAAGUGGUCAAGUGGUUGCUAAGUCCCGAGCGAGAAGUCCGAUACACCGUAUGGGUAGAGGAAAAUCUGCGAGGCAACAACAAAUUCAACUCCAGAGGUCUCAUGAAGGAGAUGGAAGAACAAUAUGCCGCCAAGAAUGAGGAUAACGCAAUAUUAGAGCGAAGGCUAAGGUAUUGGACGGAUGAGAUAUGUAGGACCAGGCCACAUACUUUCGACUUCGUGGUAACUCUUGGAGGCGAUGGUACAGUCCUUUACGCCAGUUGGCUAUUCCAACGGAUUGUGCCUCCAGUCCUAAGUUUUGCCUUGGGCAGUUUAGGAUUUCUGACAAAAUUCGAUUACGAGGAGUUUCCUGAGCAUUUGACGAAAGCAUUCAGAGACGGAGUGACGAUCAGUCUACGAUUGAGAUUCGAAGGAACUGUUAUGAGAAGCCAGAAGCGAAAAAGGCCUAGAAUCGAGAAUGGUGAGGUGGCCCAGGAAGGAUCAUCCUCAUCUAGCACCACUGAGGAAGAAGAGGACGAGGAAUCAAAUCAAACACGGGAUUUGGUAGAAGAAUUGGUAGGCGAGGAGAAGGGAGACGAACGGACCCACCGACCUGAUAGCACCUACGAGAUCUUGAAUGACAUUGUUGUUGAUCGAGGGCCAAAUCCGACAAUGUCCUCGACUGAGAUCUUCGGUGACGACGAGCAUUUCACAUCCGUACAAGCAGACGGAGUGUGUGUAGCCACACCCACCGGAUCCACGGCAUACAAUCUCGCUGCGGGAGGAUCCCUUUGUCAUCCAGAAAAUCCAGUAAUUCUCGUUACCGCAAUUUGUGCUCAUACGCUCUCCUUCCGGCCCAUCAUCCUCCCCGAUACCAUCGUUCUGCGUGUAGGCGUUCCGUACGAUGCAAGGACCAGUAGCUGGGCUAGUUUUGAUGGUAGAGAAAGAGUUGAAUUAAGACCAGGCGAUUAUGUCACUAUCAGUGCUAGUCGGUAUCCGUUUGCAAAUGUUAUGCCUCAGGGAAGGAGAUCUGAAGAUUGGGUAAAUAGCAUCAGUGGAAAGCUUGGAUGGAAUACAAGACAGAGGCAGAAGAGUUAUAAGGAGUGGUCGAAGUAAGUCUUCUGGUAGACUUAGAGAUUUACAUAAUUAGAGCGCAAGUUGACUCUUGUUUCUCCAUGUGAAACAUCAUUUUUAUCCAUAGACAAAUGUGGUAGCGCCACUCACUUACCCACGUCGGUUUCCUUCCCUCAUUACCUUCAUCAAGUUUCCCAAACUUCUCCCACUUUAGUAUCAGGUCCAAUGCGAAGCGAUAUUGUCCGACUAAUACUGUUCCCAAUACUUACAGCUCUACAGACCAGAUCAAGUAAUGCUCCGCUCCAUCAAGCAUCGGGAUCGGGAGAGAUACUAUCAUUUGUGACAUCCUCAGCAUUAACUUCUUUGCAACUGCGCUUGUGCCUGUUCAGACUAUUCUCUGGCAUUCCAUUCCGUAGCAG